UAAAGUGCAAUGCAACACAUCCCGCUUUCGACUACAGUAUCAGAGAUGAUUACUUCUCUCAUAAGCCUUUGCCAUUUUUAAUAUAUAUAUUUCUCUUUGGGAAACUACAACUACAGCUAUUUCAUCUUCUAAAGCACACUUUCCUUUCUCUGUUUCAACAUUUCCUACUUUAUUAAUCUUACCCAGCUUGCUUACACACACACACAUAUUGUUGCUUAGGUGAAGGAAGUAGUUGGAAGUUUAAGAAGAUGAGUGCUUCAAAGUUCAUUAAAUGUGUUACAGUUGGAGAUGGAGCUGUUGGAAAAACAUGUAUGCUCAUUUGUUACACCAGCAACAAGUUCCCCACUGAUUAUAUACCAACAGUGUUUGACAAUUUCAGUGCCAAUGUGGCUGUAGAUGGGAGCAUUGUUAAUUUGGGUUUAUGGGACACUGCAGGUCAAGAGGAUUAUAGCAGAUUAAGGCCAUUGAGUUACCGAGGUGCAGACAUAUUUGUCUUAGCUUUCUCAUUAAUUAGCAGAGCAAGCUAUGAAAAUGUUCUCAAGAAGUGGAUGCCAGAACUACGUCGUUUUGCACCAAAUGUUCCCGUUGUCCUGGUUGGAACAAAGCUAGAUCUCCGGGAAGAUAGAGCUUAUCUUGCUGAUCAAUUGGGGUCUAAUAUUAUAACAUCUGCUCAGGGAGAGGAACUGAGGAAACAAAUUGGUGCAGCAGCUUAUAUCGAAUGCAGCUCCAAGACUCAGCAGAAUGUCAAAGCCGUUUUCGAUACUGCCAUCAAGGUUGUUCUUCAGCCCCCAAGGAGGAAGGAUGUGACGAGGAAGAAACGGCGCCGGAGAUCUGGCUGCUCCAUCGCGAGCAUAAUCUGUGGAGGAUUUGAUGCUUAAAUUUGGCAACUGAUGAAAGAUGGAUUUCGUUGUUGAAUAGUAUUGCUUCCCGACAGCAAAUUUCAGAACUGGUUUUAAUGUUUUCUGUUUUGGUUGACUCAAUGACAUGUUGAUGGAGAGACAAACUGAACUGACUGGAAGAAUGAUAGAGGGAAUUGUUCAUUCUCUCAUGUAUUUAUUGCUUUCUUGAACUCUGGUUUUUGUGUGUGUUGUGAUGGAAUAUUAACUUUGUGCGAUUUAGGGAAAUCCAUCAGCUUAGGAUCUCAUUUGCCCUUA